AUGGCUUUCUCUGUUUCCUCUUUGAUACUUCUUGUCCUCUCCUCUUGUUUUGCUACUUCUUUUCUUGUAUGCCAUGGCUUUCCUGUCCAUCACAACAACCCAUUUCGCCACCAUCGCUUUGCCAGUCACAACUACAGAGAUGCCCUGACCAAAUCAAUCCUCUUCUUUGAAGGCCAAAGGUCAGGCAAACUCCCUUCUAGCCAGAGGAUCACAUGGAGAAGAGACUCUGGCCUAACAGAUGGCUCAGCCAUGCAUGUCGAUUUGGUGGGCGGGUACUAUGAUGCAGGAGACAAUGUGAAGUUUGGGUUCCCUAUGGCUUUCACUACGACCAUGCUUUCAUGGAGUGUAUUAGAGUUUGGUGGGUUGAUGAAAGGUGAGCUGCAGAACGCUAGGGAAGCCAUUCGUUGGGCAACUGAUUACCUCCUCAAAGCUACAGCCCAUCCAGACACCAUCUAUGUUCAGGUUGGUGAUGCUAACAAGGACCAUGCUUGUUGGGAAAGACCAGAAGAUAUGGAUACUCCAAGGAGUGUUUACAAGGUAGACAAGAAUUCCCCUGGUUCUGAUGUUGCUGCGGAAACUGCAGCUGCCCUUGCAGCUGCUUCUUUGGUGUUUAGAAGGUGUGACCCCACAUAUGCCAAGCUUUUGGUCAGGAGAGCUAUCAGGGUGUUCCAAUUUGCAGAUAAGUACAGAGGAGCCUACAGCAAUGGGCUGAAGAGAUAUGUUUGCCCUUUCUAUUGCUCCUAUUCUGGAUAUGAGGAUGAGCUGUUGUGGGGUGCUGCUUGGCUGCAUAAGGCGACCAAGAACCCAACUUAUCUCAAUUAUAUUCAAGUUAACGGGCAGACCCUUGGAGCUGCACAGUAUGACAAUACUUUUGGUUGGGAUAACAAGCAUGUUGGAGCAAGAAUUCUUCUUUCCAAGGCAUUUCUUGUUCAGAAAGUGCAAUCCCUCCGUGACUACAAAGGUCAUGCAGAUAAUUUUAUCUGUUCUCUCAUACCUGGGGCCCCUUUUUCUUCAGCCCGAUAUACUCCAGGUGGGCUGCUGUUCAUAAUGAGUGAUAGCAACAUGCAGUAUGUGACCUCCACUUCAUUCUUGCUCUUAACCUAUGCCAAGUACUUGACCUCUGCUCGCAAGGUUGUAAACUGUGGUGGAACCGCUGUCACUCCAAAGAGGCUACGAACCAUUGCGAAGAAACAGGUGGACUAUCUGCUAGGAGACAACCCAUUGAAAAUGUCCUACAUGGUGGGGUAUGGUCCAAGGUAUCCACAAAGGAUUCACCACAGGGGCUCAUCUCUACCGUCCAUCGCUACACACCCAGCAAAGAUCCAAUGCUCCUCAGGCUUCAGUGUAAUGAAUUCUCAAUCCCCCAACCCUAACAUUCAUGUGGGUGCAAUAGUUGGAGGGCCAGACGAACAUGAUAGAUUCCCAGAUGAAAGAUCAGACUACGAACAAUCUGAGCCAGCUACUUACAUGAACGCACCCCUGGUUGGAGCAUUGGCCUAUCUUGCUCACUCAUUUGGCCAGCUCUAA